AUGCCUAGCGCCACGGGAGAGAACUGGGAGAAGUAUAAGAAGAACUUCGCCGAUGACGAAGAACCGGAGAAGAAGAUCACUCCUCUCACAGAUGAAGAUAUCGCAGUACUGAAAACGUACGGCGCCGCUCCGUACGCGAAUGCCUUGAAGAAGCUGGAGAAACAGAUCAAGGAAAGACAGGCCAGUGUAAACGAGAAGAUUGGCGUCAAGGAAUCUGACACCGGCCUUGCACCUCCACACCUUUGGGAUGUUGCGGCAGAUCGACAGCGCAUGGCAGAGGAGCAGCCACUACAGGUUGCUCGCUGUACAAAAAUCAUUCAAGAUGAGAAAGACUCGGACAAGAGCAAAUACGUCAUCAAUGUGAAGCAGAUCGCCAAGUUCGUUGUCAACCUAGGGGAACGUGUGAGUCCUACGGAUAUCGAGGAAGGCAUGAGAGUUGGUGUCGACCGUAAUAAGUACCAGAUUAUGCUGCCUCUCCCACCGAAGAUCGACCCCAGCGUGACGAUGAUGACCGUUGAAGACAAGCCUGAUGUGACGUACGGCGAUGUUGGUGGAUGCAAAGAACAAAUUGAGAAGCUGCGAGAAGUGGUCGAGAUGCCUCUUUUGUCGCCAGAGCGCUUCGUCAACCUCGGCAUCGAUCCGCCCAAGGGUGCCUUGCUAUACGGGCCUCCCGGAACCGGAAAGACACUGUGUGCUCGAGCCGUGGCCAACCGAACCGAUGCUACAUUUAUCCGUGUCAUUGGUAGCGAACUGGUUCAGAAAUAUGUCGGUGAAGGUGCACGGAUGGUUCGAGAGCUUUUCGAGAUGGCCCGGACCAAGAAAGCUUGCAUUAUCUUCUUUGACGAAAUUGACGCGGUUGGUGGUGCUCGUUUCGACGACGGAGCCGGAGGUGACAACGAAGUGCAACGUACCAUGCUUGAGCUGAUCACCCAGCUUGAUGGGUUCGACGCUCGCGGGAACAUCAAGGUUAUGUUCGCAACCAACCGCCCGUCGACCCUGGAUCCUGCGCUGAUGCGUCCCGGCCGUAUUGACCGCAAGAUCGAAUUCUCCCUUCCCGAUGUGGAGGGUCGUGCCAAUAUUCUCCGGAUCCACGCCAAGAGCAUGUCGGUGGAGAGGGACAUUCGAUGGGAGUUGAUUUCUCGACUGUGCCCCAACGCGACGGGUGCGGAGCUUCGCAGUGUUGCAACAGAGGCCGGUAUGUUCGCCAUUCGAGCUCGGCGGAAGGUGGCUACGGAGAAGGACUUCUUGGCUGCUGUGGACAAGGUGAUCAAGGGCAAUCUGAAGUUCAACUCGACAGCAACCUACAUGCAGUAUAAUUAG